UACACUCACAACCAACUCAUUCCAACAACUCCAAAAACAAGCUUCUUUUUCAAAGCCAACAAAAAUGGCACUGAAAAAAACCAAGCAAGAUCAGAAAGGAGCCUCUACAAAGCGAGUAGCCGUGAUUUUUGGUGUCACGGGACUCGUAGGAAGAGAGCUAGCUCGAAAGCUGACCACGAAAUAUUCAUGGAAAGUUUACGGCAUUGCACGAAGAGAAGACAAACUCUUCCUCAAAAAAACCAGUAAUUACCAUUUCAUUUCCUGUGAUCUUUUGUGCAAGUUAGAUGCACAAAAGAAGCUAUCUUCAUUAGAAGACGUGACCCAUAUCUUUUGGGUCACAUGGGCUUCUCAGUAUCAGCUUGAUACAGCAGAAUGCUGUGACCAGAACAGAGAAAUGAUGUCAAAUGCAUUGGACGCAAUCCUUCCGAAAGCGGAGUCUUUAAAGCAUUUUUCUCUUCAAACAGGAAUGAAACAUUAUGUUCCAUACAACUUGAGAAAUAUCGAUAUCGAGUUCUAUGAUGAAGAUUGUCCUAGAGCUUCUAUAGGGUAUAAUUUCUAUUAUGUCCUAGAAGAUUUGCUUAAGGAGAGAUUAAGUGCUAAGAAGGUAGAUUGGUCAGUUCAAAGACCGGGUUUAAUAACAGGGUGUUCAAACAGAACUUUGUACAAUUUUAUGGGUUGUAUUGCUGUUUAUGGCAGUAUUUGUAAACAUUUGAAUCUACCAUUUCUGUUUGGUGGGUCAAAAGAGUGUUGGGAAGAGACUUGGAUUGAUGUCUCGGAUGCUCGGUUAGUAGCCGAGCAACACAUUUGGGCUUCUAGUGAUGAUCAAGUAACAUCUAUCAAUGGCCAAGCCUUUAACACCAUAAACGGGGCUUGUUUCACAUGGAAAGAAAUAUGGCCGGUUAUUGGGAAAAAGUUGGGGUUAGAAGUUCCUGAAGACAUUUUUUCCUCCGAGUUCCUGUAUUCAAAGGCCAUGGCUGAUAAGGCAGGAGUUUGGCGCGAGAUUGUGGAGAAGAAAGGGCUGUUAGAGACGGAGAUGGAUGAACUGGCAAACUGGAUGUUUUUGGAUCAGCUGUUUCGGUGUCCCUUCAAGUUGUUAGGAACACGAGAAAAAGCUGAUCGUUUGGGUUUCAGAAUGAGGUACACAGAAGCAUCAGAAUCGAUCUCCUAUUGGAUUGAUUCCAUGAGAGAUGCGAAACUUAUACCUUAAAAUCAGAAAUGAAGACACAGACAGAGAUCAUGCUCUUGUUAAAAACUUGGCAAUAUACUUUCAUAAACAAACGAAACUGUACUGUAAAAUUCUUGGCCUCAACAAAAUAUGUUUGUGCAAAAGUCAUUUAAGUGCAUAUAUCUAAGAAUUUCUUCGGUUCUUGUUAACCAACUAGAGUAGUCAAAUUACACACAACAUAUGCAUAAAAAUUACUUAUUUACAAUUAGGAAGCUAAAAAUGGCAUUGUCGGAAAUGCGAUCCUCCCAAGUCUUGAACAACUGUAAAAGAAAUUGUCACUAAUCGCUAAGGUAUCUAACUUUUGCAAAGAAAUCAUAGCACUUGAGCGUUAUGAAAUGAAUAUGUUGUGCAUAAUUGUUUGAGUUA